AUGCAUUUCACCAAAUCCGCUGUUCUGCUACUUUCUACCGCCGUUUCCCUGGCUGUGGCGCUGCCUACUGCAACCCAACUCGAAAGGAGGGCCGUGGCUGAGCGUCCGUACGCCGACAUCCAGAUCUCAGAUGGCGUAGCCGGCAACGCUGCCGCCGAGGCUGAGGCCAAAUUCCCCGUCGACCCAGCGACGGCCACCGCGGAGGACCUGCAAGUUGUCAAGAAGGCAUCGCAGCUUGUAGGCGACGCUGAGAAUCUGGCGUUCGUCCCGGCAAACGACAAGUCGCAGGAGGCUUCAAACGGUUUCAUCAAGAACAAGGUUUUGAAGAACUACUUGGGCUUGUUGUCCUUGCAGAUCCAAAAGGCCCAAGGCGCAAAUGUGGCCAACAUUGAUACCCGCAUCGCAGGGGAGCAGAAGAAGCUGACGACGAACACGAACACCGAUAAGCAACACGCUGGCCAGAAGAGCAAGGGCGUUGCGUUCAAUGGUUGA